AUGGCUGCAGUGGUACAUUCCAAAAAGGAGGAACAAGAUCUGUGGGCACAACAGUUUAGUAUGGUGCCUAUGGCAAUGGAAUUUUGGGAUUUCUUAUAUCAAACGUACGGUAUAGAACGACAUAUGACAUAUUUCAACCAAGAAGAUCCAAACAGAAUGUACUUCAUCACUCAUGGCAAGCUAAAUUAUAUUGAUCUAUCCAGAAUUAACCCAAAUUUUUCAAGAACGUUUGAAAAGCGCAGUCUUGCCCCGUCUGAAGACAGCAAAAGACCUAUACGUCCAUGCAAAUCUGUUUGGCAAGCCUUAACGGAUGUGGAACGUAAAGAGUUUCAAAAGGAACGUUCGAAGAAGAGAUCUUACAAAACAUCUUUAUGUAAAACAUUCCGAGAGACAAAAAAAUGUGUUUAUGGAGACGCAUGCAUUUUUGCACAUGGUGAGAGGGAACUUCGUCUGCCACCUCAGAUUCAUCCGAAAUACAAAACUCAGUUGUGCAGAAAUUUUAGCAAAUGGAAUUAUUGUCCCUAUGGAGCCAAAUGCCUAUUUAUUCAUGAACGUUCCUACGAAAAUGUGGACUUCACUAACAUAAGAACGGAUGAUUCAGCAAGUAUCAAUAAUUUUUCGUACGCAAAUAGCUUUGAUGUGGAACAAAUGAAUACAAAUAAUAAAUGUAUAAACCCACAGGUUAGCUUCGGAAAAUCUGCACAGUUUGCUGAAAAGGAUGGCUUCUGUCACUCUGCAACAAGCGCUAGUUUCAAUAGAGCAGAAAAUAUGGGACAUUCUACAGUCAAAAAUCAAUUUCCUGAGAAUAUUGCAUAUGGAGAUCGGUCAAUGGAUUAUGCUGCUACGAUUGCGAUUAACAAUGUUUUAGAUAAUAACGGUAUUAUCGAGCAACUUAGUGAACAACUCAGUAAUGUGUAG